GCCUGCGACCGUCGAAACGCGAGUGGGAUUUUCCUCUUGCGUCCGUUGCGCCUGUGAUACCCGACAACUGUAGCAGCAUGUCAUCUGAUCCGACUUCAACUGAAGGCUCGCCGACUGAUGCGGAAGCAGUUUAAUUCGUUUCGCACGGGCCACCAAAGAAAAUUGUGAAGUUCACAGGCGCCCGGAAGCUCGCCGACCUUCACGAAAGUGUGCGGAUGGGUGGGUUCGCGCACCGGAUGACAUGCAACGAUCUCCUAAUACAGCAUGCUGGAAGCUGCACAGGGGAGUUGGCAAGGGGGCACAAGGAAGCAAUGCCCCGUUGCUGUCCGUAGGGUGAACGCAAGGCGGCUCGUGGCGGCCGCAAUUUCUAUGCUGCGCUUUUCAUCUCUGAAGCCAUGCGCAGCAGCGUGCAGUCGUCAUGUUCAGAAAAGCAGUGCAAAGGUACCCGAAUAAGCUGUACAACAUUGCUGCAAGGUGCCUUGGUAAACCAGUACCCAGCCCUGAGGAACAGAUUGGACUCUGGCUAUAUGCAAAAGGCGUGAGCGCCAUCAUGGUUCUACCAUUUCUUGUGAAUGAGCGAGGGGACGACAUGUUCACAAAAAUGACGCCAGGACAGGAGUUUGCCCACGCCACAUUGCUGUACACUGGCGACAACCGCAUCUCUUCCAAGGCCCUGUGUGUGAAGUGUGGAUAUGUAUGUGUAGAUGUAUUGGACUUCACUUCCGGUGUAACGGGGUUAUUUUUAUUUUCCAUGUACUGGGGCUUUCAACAUCGAAUACAUCAGCUCUGCGGAGCAGACACUCUCAUUGCUGCAACACAUGAGUGAAACGAAAACGACAAAACUAGGCGCCAAGUCCCAACAGCUUUAAUAGCACGGUUAACUGCUACAACUAACAAAAUCACAGCCAGUGCUGAGCAGGCUGAGAAAUCUGACUAAGCUGCUAAAGUCAUCUUGAAAUGCACCUUCCUGUAUGCACUUAGCCUUUUUUGUUUCUUUUUUUUUUUAACGCUCGGGCUAUUUUGGUGUUCGUAGCCUUGGAUUAUGCAGCUGAGUAAUACUGCCAAUAGCUAGUCAAACCUCGAAAACUUUAUUGUGUUUAAAUGUUAUUCAUAGUUUCUGUAUUGUGGGACAUAAAGCAAACACUCACCAAUAAUAUUUAAAAAAAUAGUGAAAUUACAAGAAAUUGUAUUUCGGAGCCAGUAUGGGUCCUUUGUUCCCAAAUGACAGCAGAGGCAAUGGUUUGGUUCUGUACAGGUGAGAUGGCGGAGAGCGCAUGCAUAGAUGACAGGCAGAUUAUCGUGUGACCUUCCUAUCGCUUAGCACGUCAUCUGAAUAUGCAGUGAUUUUAGUAGUAAUUGCAUCGCUAAUAUUGCAGUGGCAAUUAUCGAUGCCUAGUGCUAGUGUAUAGAAGGCCCUGUUUUCUCUUGGUGUUCGGAUAAUGCGUCGGAAACAAGGUUGCUUUUAAAGAGCUAGUGCUUAUCCUGCUUUGGGUGCUUCUUAACGUUGCCAGAUUGACAGUGAAUUACAUUUUUUGCAUGUGAAUAUGUACAUGGAGCCAAGUUAGUUCAAUCUUCCAAAGGGGUCCUUCAUGUACACC